AUGAUAGCAACCCACAGCUCCAAGUGCUACGUGCCCGACGAGACGUACGUGUGGCUGCCCGCGCAGAUCCUGCGCGAGAUCCCGAGCCAGGACCCGAAGAAGCCGGAGAAGACGCUCGUUCUGCGUGUGUACCCGCCUUCAGGUGAUUGUGAUGCAGCUGGAGCGCCGGAAGAGCGGGUGCUGGACUUCAACGACCGCAAAGUCCAGGCCCUGCUCAAGACCAUGCAGCUCGAGUCGCUGCUGCCGUACCAGAACGAGCACUUGGGUCCUCAGGGCAUUGAAGACAUGACGGCGCUCAAUUACCUCCACGAAGCUGCGAUUUUGUACAACGUCAAGACGCGGUUUUUGCAACAGUUGCCCUAUACGUACACGGGGGACAUUUGUAUUGCCGUGAACCCGUAUCAGUGGCUGCCCGAGCUCUACUCGGAAGCGACGCAGCUGCAGUACUUGAUGAAACCACGCGAGGAACUGCCCCCUCAUGUGUACGCGACGUCGAUGGCGUCGUACAAGGACAUGAAAGUCCAUGCCGUGAACCAGAGCAUUUUAGUCAGUGGGGAGUCCGGUGCAGGCAAGACCGAGACGACAAAAGUGCUCAUGAACCAUUUAGCGUCGAUCGCAGGAGGCCUUAACGACUACACGAUCAAGAAAAUCAUUGAAGUCAACCCACUGCUCGAGUCGUUUGGUAACGCCAAGACCGUGCGGAACGACAACAGUAGUCGAUUUGGCAAGUUUACGCAGCUUCAAUUUGACAAUGACGGCACUCUGGUUGGAGCACGAUGCAGAACGUACUUGCUGGAAAAGACCCGCGUGAUUUCUCACGAAAAGGCCGAGCGAAACUACCAUAUUUUUUACCAGCUCUUGUCCGCAAGUGACAGUAAAGCGCGGUGGUGUCUGGAUGACGCAAAUGAGUGCUAUGCGUACACAGGGGCACACGAGACCAGCACGACUGAGGGUAUGUCGGAUGCCAGACACUUUGAACGCACGAAAACGGCACUUGGACUGAUUGGUGUCUCGGAGACGCAGCAAGAGUGUCUUUUCGAGGUGCUUGCCGGCAUAGUGCAUCUUGGACAACUGAAAAUUCGAUCAAAGAAUGGCAACGAAGAGUCAGAGAUCGUACCAAACGACUCAGGUGCAAAGAAUGCGACCCAACUUUUGGGCAUAUCGACAACAGAUCUGGAAAAAGCCUUGUGCUCUCGGCAGAUUGCAGUUGCUGGAGAUACGGUAACUGCGUUUCUGAAAAAAGAUCAAGCAGAAGAGUGUGCUGGCGCGCUAUCGAAGGCAAUUUAUUCCAACGUGUUCGAUUGGCUGGUGGAGACGAUCAAUACGUCGUUGGAGAAUGAUACAAAGAUGCGCUAUCACGUGGGCAUCCUCGACAUCUUUGGGUUUGAGCACUUCAAGCAUAACUCGUUUGAGCAGUUCUGCAUCAACUACGCAAAUGAGAAACUUCAGCAGAAGUUUACACAAGACGUGUUCAAAACUGUGCAACUUGAGUACGAAGCCGAAGGUAUCGUAUGGAGUCAUAUUGACUUUGCAGAUAAUCAAGACGUCAUUUCGGUGAUCGAAGACCGUCUUGGUAUCAUCUCACUGCUCAACGACGAAGUGAUGCGACCCAAGGGCAAUGACGAGUCGCUCGUGUCGAAGCUGUCUACGAUCCACAAAGACGAACAGGAUGUUAUUGAGUUUCCUCGUACCUCUCGCACACAGUUUACGAUUAAUCACUACGCUGGAGCAGUGACGCUUCGUUUUCUCCGCAAGCUGCGAGCGAUUGUCAAACUGCAGUCUGUUGCUCGCUGCGUGAUCAUGAUGAAUCGGUACCAGUCAUUCAAGGCUGCUGUGAUCACUCUCCAAGCGCAGUGGCGUGGGUACAAAGGGCGUCACAUUGCGCUAAAGGCCAAGAAGAAUAGGAGUGCAAUUACCAUUCAGAAAUAUGCUCGCCGUUUUGUGAAACGCGAACAAUUCAAGGGUGAAAGGAAGGGUGCUGUGAAGAUUCAGGCGUUCUUGCGCAUGAAGUACGAGCGGCCAAAGUAUCUGAAGGCACUUCAGGAGAAGAAGCAGCAAGACGAUAUGGAGCACCAGUUGAACAAGCUGCAGGAGCGUCUCCACGACGAACAGCGACGAAAUGCUGACCUGAAGAAGGAUGGUAUGUCUUUGUCGUCCAGCGAGAGCCCGCUGUAUGCAAACACAAAUGAUGCGCGUUCUCGCGGGCAGUCGACUGCCCACAUGUGGAUGGCUGAUGCCGACGGUAUCAUUAGCCAGCUCAACGAAAAGGCCGGGCGUUUGCGCAAAGAGAACGAAGAACAACGUGCGUCAAAUGUGCAGCUGAAAAGAGAGAUCGAGAAGCUGAAGUUUGAUCAAACGGUGCUAACGGCAAACUUCCAGGUCAAAAUGCGAGGUUUUCGAGACACGAUUCGAGAAAAGGACAAGAAACUAGAAGCUGUGGAACGCGAGUGCGUAAAAUUCCGGGAGAUGAUUGGCUCCGAUCCUGCUCUCUCCAGUCGUAAAUCGAUACAGAAGGACCGUCGCUCUGUAUUCCGGAAACUGGGAUCGAAGAAAGAGAGUGAUGACAUUGGCGACGAGAACAGCGACACGAAUCGACCCUCGACGGUCAUGCAAGCAACACUGACCCAAAAGUCGGCUGAAACCGCGCAGUUCCUCCGUCAAUCUGCGCGUCGAAUCACCUCGUGGCGUAAGAACAGUGGUGACGACAGUGAUGGUGAGAAUCGCCAUUCUGGCAGUGACAUGACAGACAUGGGUGGUCGUGCAUCACUCCUGCAAGAGGUCGGCGCAGCUGGUGCUGGUGCAAUGGAGUCCCUGAAGAGCAGACUCACCGCUGUAAAAGACAAAUACUACGGAGAGGAAGAACUGUCUGCAAGAUCGCGCGCGAGUGAUCGUCUUUCUUCAGCUAGUGAGUCGUGUAACCUGGACGCGUUGCCACUUCCUCCUGGUUGGAAAGCGCGUUUGUCUCGCUCGAAGGGAAAUGUGUACUACUGCAAUCCGACCCUCUCCAUCACACAAUGGGACCAUCCAUCGAUCGACGCAAGCAGAGCGAAGAAGCAGGGGGCUGCUGCUGCGCAACGUGCGAAACGAGGAUCGACGCUACUUCGUGGCUCAGCAGGUGGCUUGCCGACAAUGGAGGGCCACAUCUAG